AUGUGGAGCAAGAUGAUCGUUAUUCACCACACAUGCUUGGAGUUUCAUUUCUGCAAUACGGAUAAUGAAGAAAGAAACUAUGAUGAUGUAGUUGAAGGUGAAACCGAAGAAUAUGGCGGAACCUCAUUUUAUCAAGAGAAUCUUAAUCUAACUGCAUCUGAUGAUGAUUUGCCUUCUCGAUCACAAAUUCGUUCUACCAGAGAGGCAACUCGACAUUCUCCAUAUAUUAUUCGGAGGUCGUCUUCACGUGGACGUAGCACAUCUUCACAACGUACUCAUAUGAGAAGAUCCAAUUUUGAGGCACAAAUUGAUGGAAGAUUUCAACGUAUGGAAGAAUCUCGAGGACAAUUACUGGAUGUGGUUCGUUCACGGCAAAGUCCAAAACCAAUGUAUGGUGAUGCACUUGUCGUAUUAGAGUCUUUACCUAUCAAGCCAAUGAAAACAUUCUGGUGGGAGGCGAACAAGAUAUCAUCUCCAACAAUUUGCAAAUGGUCAACCACCUCGAAACAGCAAGAAAAUGUAUAA